UCUUUAAUUCAUUUCUACAACUGUUUUCUUCUGUAACGAAUGAAGAUGAAAAUGGAAGGCCUGCUGCCUCUUCAUCUUUGCCAUUCUCAGUAUGCCAGUCUAUACCCGCUGCGCUUCCUCUUUCUAGUCUUCACAAUAUCCAUAACAUGUCUCGCUUCUUCAUCUCGAGCUUGUCCAGGCUUUACAUGCGGGCACUUUCAUUUUCCAUAUCCUUUUGGGGAGGUGAACAGCGGCUGUGGUGACCCUGCACUUCAGCUUGAAUGUGAUCGUGAGGUGAAUAUGGCUCUAAUUAAUAUUAGUGGCUAUCAAUACUACUUAUGGGAUGUCCCAGAAUUAUGGAAAGAGCGUCAAUUGAAAAUAAUUGAGAAAAAAUCUUGGACGGAGGGAUGCAAUCCAUUGGUGAGGAAGCAUACAACAGAAAUCUUGUCUUCUAGCCUUCGAUUUAAUAUUACCGAUGACUACAGGAAUUUAACUCUAUGGGAGGGAUGCCCUCCUGAAACAAUUGAGGAUAAACUAGUGUAUCCCUUACAAUGUAAUCAUAGCUGGUACGUCAAUUUGACGGCAGACUUGAGUUUUUGUAGUAAGUGUAAGUCGAAUGUUACAUUCCCAGUUUCAGAAGAGGGCUUAGAAAUUGCUGAACUCGAAGAAAUUCUACAUACAGGAUUCCGAAUUCAAUUGAAGCCCAACGAAAUAUGCACGGAUUGCGAGGAUAAAGGUGGGCUUUGUGGGUAUGACAUCAAUUCGCGGACGGAGACGACAGAAAUUUAUUGCCAUGGGAGUAAAAGCAAGUCCCAAACAUUGAAAAUUGUUCUAGGUGGUGUCAUUGGAACCGUUGCAUUGUUACUGAUGGGGGCAUUACUUCUGUUCCUUAAUCGGAAGAGGUGUUUACCCACUUACUCUCAGAAUCCCGAUCUUUCUAACGUGGAGAGAUUCCUGCAAGAUUAUGUUCAUCAAAUGCCAUGUAGAUAUUCAUACCCUCAGCUCAUGAAGAUCACCAAUAACUUUGCACACAAAGUAGGGGAAGGAGGUUUUGGUGUGGUCUAUAAAGGAAAGCUUUCUACUGGCGAUCUGGUGGCCGUCAAAAUACUUGAUCAGUCAAGGCGCUGUGAGAAUCAAUUCAUGAAUGAAGUAGCAACCAUCGGAAGGAUCCAUCAUGUUCAUUUGGUUCGUCUGAUGGGAUAUUGCUUCGAAGAACAUAGAAACGCUUUGGUGUAUGAGUACAUGGCUAAUGGAUCUCUAGACAAUUUUAUAUUUGCAGGAAGAGAGAAGGAACAAAUCCUAAAUUGGGCGCAGUUGUAUUCAAUUGCCUUGGGUGCGGCUCGCGGAAUAGCCUAUUUACACCAAGAUUGUGACAACCGUAUCAUUCAUUUUGACAUAAAACCCCACAACAUAUUACUGGAUGAAGAGUUCACACCAAAGGUAGCUGAUUUUGGUCUGGCUAAACUUUGUGGGAAGAAAGAGGAUCAUAUAUCAAUGACAGCCGCAAGAGGAACGCCAGGAUAUGCUGCUCCAGAGGUGUGGAAUAGAAAUUUGGGACAUGUUACGGAAAAAUCAGAUGUUUACAGUAUUGGAAUGGUAUUAUUGGAGAUUGUUGGAGGAAGGAAGAAUGUUGAUGUGCAGGCAAGCCGGUCCAGUCAAUUGUAUUUUCCGGAGUGGGCAUUCAAGUUGAUGGAGAAUGGGCAGUUGCAGAGGGAGUUAAGAGGAAGUGGUAAAGCGGAAAUAGAAUGUGAAGAGAAGGAGAAAGCAAUAAGACUGGCCAAAGUAGGACUAUGGUGCAUCCAGUACAACUCCAGAGAUCGACCGAGCAUGAGUAGAGUGGUUCAAAUGUUGGAAGGAAAUGGUGAUGAUGUAAGCAAUCCUCCCCUGCCUUUCAAUUCAACAAUUAGGGCUGCACUUUCAAUACAUUCAAGUGAAGAGUCUUAUGUGUAAGUAACCAAGGGACUUUCCUUCAAACCCAUCAUUCUGGUCAUCGACGUUGACAUUAUUGUAAGGAGUGUGAACAAAAGAGGGAUGGGACACGAUGAAAAGUAUUCGACCACACCAAGUAUGCUUAGUGUCACUUUAUUCCGACUUCAUUGUAAAUAUGUAAAGAGAAUUAUCCAAUAU